AUGCCCGGACCGUAUAUAGGCGACGGGGACGCGUGCUGCUACAUGCUCCUGCGUAAAUACUGGACCAGUCAACCAGUCGGUCCCCACUUGGCAAGCAGCGCAAAGCAACAAGAUGUGCAAGCGUAGACCGUGACCCCUGAGCUUAGCUUGGACUGGUGCAACGCCCGUCUAGAACCGUUACCGGCAGCAGUACCGAACUGAACAAGAAAUGGGCGCGUGCUGCGGCAAGCCGCAGGCGCCGGAAGGCACAGCGACCGGGGGCGCGCAAGCCGUGACCUCCACGCUUAAGAAUGUGGCGGAUCAAACUUCCAAGUCGGUCGCUGCCGUGGCCGCUUCGGCUACAACGGCUGGCGAGGGCGCGGUUCUGAAAGCCAAGGAGUCAGUUGAAGCUGUUUCCGGGCAAGCGGCGGGCGCAGUCAACUCAAGUGCCAGGGCUGCGGUGGCGGACGUGUCCGGCCUGGCUUCGUCCGCAGCAGCUGGUGCCAAGGACGCUGUGAAAUCUGCUCAAGACGGAGCAGCGGGCGCCGCAGCAACCGCGCGCGGUGCAGCAGAAUCCACUGCAAGUGCAGCUUCGGGUGCUCUAGGUACCCAGACAGGUACUUUGCAGGAACAAACAAAGGCCACAGUUGCUGGUGCUUUAACCGGUGCGGCAGCGGCAGCUGCUGACGCCAAGGCGGCCGCCACGGGCGCGGCCGCUGCCGCUGGCUCGCAGCUGGCGUCGGCGCAGGAGGCCGGCAAGGCGGCUGUCACUGACGCUACCGGCGCUGCUUCGUCGGCGGCUGCUGACGCCAGGGCGGCCGCCACGGGCGCGGCCGCUGCCGCUGGCUCUCAGCUGGCGUCGGCGCAGGAGGCCGGCAAGGCGGCUGUCGCGGACGCUACUGGCGCUGCUUCGUCGGCGGCUGCUGACGCCAAGGCGGCCGCCACGGGCGCGGCCGCUGCCGCUGGCUCGCAGCUGGCGUCGGCGCAGGAGGCCGGCAAGGCGGCUGUCGCUGACGCUACCGGCGCUGCUUCGUCGGCAGCUGCUGACGCCAGGGCGGCCGCCACGGGCGCGGCCGCUGCCGCUGGCUCGCAGCUGGCGUCGGCGCAGGAGGCCGGCAAGGCGGCUGUCGCUGACGCUACCGGCGCUGCUUCGUCGGCGGCUGCUGACGCCAGGGCGGCCGCCACGGGCGCGGCUGCUGCCGCUGGCUCUCAGCUGGCGUCGGCGCAGGAGGCCGGCAAGGCGGCUGUCGCUGACGCUACCGGCGCUGCUUCGUCGGCGGCUGCUGACGCCAGGGCGGCCGCCACGGGCGCGGCCGCUGCCGCUGGCUCGCAGCUGGCGUCGGCGCAGGAGGCCGGCAAGGCGGCUGUCGUUGACGCUACCGGCGCUGCUUCGUCGGCGGCUGCUGACGCCAGGGCGGCCGCCACGGGCGCGGCUGCUGCCGCUGGCUCGCAGCUGGCGUCGGCGCAGGAGGCCGGCAAGGCGGCUGUCGCUGACGCUACCGGCGCUGCUUCGUCGGCGGCUACUGACGCCAGGGCGGCCGCCACGGGCGCGGCCGCUGCCGCUGGCUCGCAGCUGGCGUCGGCGCAGGAGGCCGGCAAGGCGGCUGUCACUGACGCUACCGGCGCUGCUUCGUCGGCGGCUGCUGACGCCAUGGCGGCCGCCACGGGCGCGGCCGCUGCCGCUGGCUCGCAGCUGGCGUCGGCGCAGGAGGCCGGCAAGGCGGCUGUUGCUGACGCUACCGGCGCUGCUUCGUCGGCGGCUGCUGACGCCAGGGCGGCCGCCACGGGCGCGGCCGCUGCUGCUGGCUCGCAGCUGGCGUCGGCGCAGGAGGCCGGCAAGGCGGCUGUCACUGACGCUACUGGCGCUGCUUCGUCGGCGGCUGCUGACGCCAGGGCGGCCGCCACGGGCGCGGCCGCUGCCGCUGGCUCGCAGCUGGCGUCGGCGCAGGAGGCCGGCAAGGCGGCUGUCACUGACGCUACCGGCGCUGCUUCGUCGGCGGCUGCUGACACCAGGGCGGCCGCCACGGGCGCGGCCGCUGCCGCUGGCUCUCAGCUGGCGUCGGCGCAGGAGGCCGGCAAGGCGGCUGUCGCUGACGCUACCGGCGCUGCUUCGUCGGCGGCUGCUGACGCCAGGGCGGCCGCCACGGGCGCGGCUGCUGCCGCUGGCUCGCAGCUGGCGUCGGCGCAGGAGGCCGGCAAGGCGGCUGUCGUUGACGCUACCGGCGCUGCUUCGUCGGCGGCUGCUGACACCAGGGCGGCCGCCACGGGCGCGGCCGCUGCCGCUGGCUCUCAGCUGGCGUCGGCGCAGGAGGCCGGCAAGGCGGCUGUCACUGACGCUACCGGCGCUGCUUCGUCGGCGGCUACUGACGCCAGGGCGGCCGCCACGGGCGCGGCCGCUGCCGCUGGCUCUCAGCUGGCGUCGGCGCAGGAGGCCGGCAAGGCGGCUGUCGCUGACGCUACCGGCGCUGCUUCGUCGGCGGCUGCUGACGCCAGGGCGGCCGCCACGGGCGCGGCCGCUGCCGCUGGCUCUCAGCUGGCGUCGGCGCAGGAGGCCGGCAAGGCGGCUGUCGCGGACGCUACUGGCGCUGCUUCGUCGGCGGCUGCUGACGCCAGGGCGGCCGCCACGGGCGCGGCUGCUGCCGCUGGCUCGCAGCUGGCGUCGGCGCAGGAGGCCGGCAAGGCGGCUGUCACUGACGCUACCGGCGCUGCUUCGUCGGCGGCUGCUGACGCCAGGGCGGCCGCCACGGGCGCGGCUGCUGCCGCUGGCUCUCAGCUGGCGUCGGCGCAGGAGGCCGGCAAGGCGGCUGUCGCUGACGCUACCGGCGCUGCUUCGUCGGCGGCUACUGACGCCAGGGCGGCCGCCACGGGCGCGGCUGCUGCCGCUGGCUCGCAGCUGGCGUCGGCGCAGGAGGCCGGCAAGGCGGCUGUCGUUGACGCUACCGGCGCUGCUUCGUCGGCGGCUGCUGACGCCAGGGCGGCCGCCACGGGCGCGGCUGCUGCUGCUGGCUCGCAGCUGGCGUCGGCGCAGGAGGCCGGCAAGGCGGCUGUCACUGACGCUACCGGCGCUGCUUCGUCGGCGGCUGCUGACGCCAGGGCGGCCGCCACGGGCGCAGCCGCUGCCGCUGGCUCGCAGCUGGCGUCGGCGCAGGAGGCCGGCAAGGCGGCUGUCACUGACGCUACCGGCGCUGCUUCGUCGGCGGCUACUGACGCCAGGGCGGCCGCCACGGGCGCGGCCGCUGCCGCUGGCUCGCAGCUGGCGUCGGCGCAGGAGGCCGGCAAGGCGGCUGUCGCUGACGCUACUGGCGCUGCUUCGUCGGCGGCUGCUGACGCCAGGGCGGCCGCCACGGGCGCGGCCGCUGCCGCUGGCUCUCAGCUGGCGUCGGCGCAGGAGGCCGGCAAGGCGGCUGUCGCGGACGCUACUGGCGCUGCUUCGUCGGCGGCUGCUGACGCCAGGGCGGCCGCCACGGGCGCGGCCGCUGCCGCUGGCUCGCAGCUGGCGUCGGCGCAGGAGGCCGGCAAGGCGGCUGUCACUGACGCUACCGGCGCUGCUUCGUCGGCGGCUGCUGACGCCAGGGCGGCCGCCACGGGCGCGGCUGCUGCCGCUGGCUCUCAGCUGGCGUCGGCGCAGGAGGCCGGCAAGGCGGCUGUCGCUGACGCUACCGGCGCUGCUUCGUCGGCGGCUGCUGACGCCAAGGCGGCCGCCACGGGCGCGGCCGCUGCCGCUGGCUCGCAGCUGGCGUCGGCGCAGGAGGCCGGCAAGGCGGCUGUCGUUGACGCUACCGGCGCUGCUUCGUCGGCGGCUGCUGACGCCAGGGCGGCCGCCACGGGCGCGGCUGCUGCCGCUGGCUCGCAGCUGGCGUCGGCGCAGGAGGCCGGCAAGGCGGCUGUCGCGGACGCUACCGGCGCUGCUUCGUCGGCGGCUACUGACGCCAGGGCGGCCGCCACGGGCGCGGCCGCUGCCGCUGGCUCGCAGCUGGCGUCGGCGCAGGAGGCCGGCAAGGCGGCUGUCGUUGACGCUACCGGCGCUGCUUCGUCGGCGGCUGCUGACGCCAGGGCGGCCGCCACGGGCGCGGCUGCUGCCGCUGGCUCUCAGCUGGCGUCGGCGCAGGAGGCCGGCAAGGCGGCUGUCACUGACGCUACUGGCGCUGCUUCGUCGGCGGCUGCUGACGCCAGGGCGGCCGCCACGGGCGCGGCCGCUGCCGCUGGCUCUCAGCUGGCGUCGGCGCAGGAGGCCGGCAAGGCGGCUGUCGCUGACGCUACCGGCGCUGCUUCGUCGGCGGCUACUGACGCCAGGGCGGCCGCCACGGGCGCGGCCGCUGCCGCUGGCUCGCAGCUGGCGUCGGCGCAGGAGGCCGGCAAGGCGGCUGUCACUGACGCUACCGGCGCUGCUUCGUCGGCGGCUGCUGACGCCAUGGCGGCCGCCACGGGCGCGGCCGCUGCCGCUGGCUCUCAGCUGGCGUCGGCGCAGGAGGCCGGCAAGGCGGCUGUCACUGACGCUACCGGCGCUGCUUCGUCGGCGGCUGCUGACGCCAUGGCGGCCGCCACGGGCGCGGCCGCUGCCGCUGGCUCGCAGCUGGCGUCGGCGCAGGAGGCCGGCAAGGCGGCUGUCGCUGACGCUACCGGCGCUGCUUCGUCGGCGGCUGCUGACGCCAGGGCGGCCGCCACGGGCGCGGCCGCGGCCGCUGGCUCGCAGCUGGCGUCGGCGCAGGAGGCCGGCAAGGCGGCUGUCGCUGACGCUACCGGCGCUGCUUCGUCGGCGGCUACUGACGCCAAGGCGGCCGCCACGGGCGUGGCCGCUGCCGCUGGCUCGCAGCUGGCGUCGGCGCAGGAGGCCGGCAAGGCGGCUGUCGCUGACGCUACCGGCGCUGCUUCGUCGGCGGCUGCUGACGCCAGGGCGGCCGCCACGGGCGCGGCCGCUGCCGCUGGCUCUCAGCUGGCGUCGGCGCAGGAGGCCGGCAAGGCGGCUGUCACUGACGCUACCGGCGCUGCUUCGUCGGCGGCUACUGACGCCAGGGCGGCCGCCACGGGCGCGGCCGCUGCCGCUGGCUCUCAGCUGGCGUCGGCGCAGGAGGCCGGCAAGGCGGCUGUCGCUGACGCUACCGGCGCUGCUUCGUCGGCGGCUGCUGACGCCAGGGCGGCCGCCACGGGCGCGGCCGCUGCCGCUGGCUCUCAGCUGGCGUCGGCGCAGGAGGCCGGCAAGGCGGCUGUCACUGACGCUACCGGCGCUGCUUCGUCGGCGGCUACUGACGCCAGGGCGGCCGCCACGGGCGCGGCCGCUGCCGCUGGCUCUCAGCUGGCGUCGGCGCAGGAGGCCGGCAAGGCGGCUGUCGCUGACGCUACCGGCGCUGCUUCGUCGGCGGCUGCUGACGCCAGGGCGGCCGCCACGGGCGCGGCCGCUGCCGCUGGCUCUCAGCUGGCGUCGGCGCAGGAGGCCGGCAAGGCGGCUGUCGCGGACGCUACUGGCGCUGCUUCGUCGGCGGCUGCUGACGCCAGGGCGGCCGCCACGGGCGCGGCUGCUGCCGCUGGCUCGCAGCUGGCGUCGGCGCAGGAGGCCGGCAAGGCGGCUGUCACUGACGCUACCGGCGCUGCUUCGUCGGCGGCUGCUGACGCCAGGGCGGCCGCCACGGGCGCGGCUGCUGCCGCUGGCUCGCAGCUGGCGUCGGCGCAGGAGGCCGGCAAGGCGGCUGUCACUGACGCUACCGGCGCUGCUUCGUCGGCGGCUGCUGACGCCAGGGCGGCCGCCACGGGCGCGGCUGCUGCCGCUGGCUCUCAGCUGGCGUCGGCGCAGGAGGCCGGCAAGGCGGCUGUCGCUGACGCUACCGGCGCUGCUUCGUCGGCGGCUACUGACGCCAGGGCGGCCGCCACGGGCGCGGCUGCUGCCGCUGGCUCGCAGCUGGCGUCGGCGCAGGAGGCCGGCAAGGCGGCUGUCGUUGACGCUACCGGCGCUGCUUCGUCGGCGGCUGCUGACACCAGGGCGGCCGCCACGGGCGCGGCUGCUGCCGCUGGCUCUCAGCUGGCGUCGGCGCAGGAGGCCGGCAAGGCGGCUGUCACUGACGCUACCGGCGCUGCUUCGUCGGCGGCUGCUGACGCCAUGGCGGCCGCCACGGGCGCGGCCGCUGCCGCUGGCUCGCAGCUGGCGUCGGCGCAGGAGGCCGGCAAGGCGGCUGUCGCUGACGCUACCGGCGCUGCUUCGUCGGCGGCUGCUGACGCCAGGGCGGCCGCCACGGGCGCGGCCGCGGCCGCUGGCUCGCAGCUGGCGUCGGCGCAGGAGGCCGGCAAGGCGGCUGUCGCUGACGCUACCGGCGCUGCUUCGUCGGCGGCUACUGACGCCAAGGCGGCCGCCACGGGCGUGGCCGCUGCCGCUGGCUCGCAGCUGGCGUCGGCGCAGGAGGCCGGCAAGGCGGCUGUCGCUGACGCUACCGGCGCUGCUUCGUCGGCGGCUGCUGACGCCAGGGCGGCCGCCACGGGCGCGGCCGCGGCCGCUGGCUCGCAGCUGGCGUCGGCGCAGGAGGCCGGCAAGGCGGCUGUCGCUGACGCUACCGGCGCUGCUUCGUCGGCGGCUGCUGACGCCAGGGCGGCCGCCACGGGCGCGGCUGCUGCUGCUGGCUCGCAGCUGGCGUCGGCGCAGGAGGCCGGCAAGGCGGCUGUCACUGACGCUACUGGCGCUGCUUCGUCGGCGGCUGCUGACGCCAGGGCGGCCGCCACGGGCGCGGCCGCGGCCGCUGGCUCGCAGCUGGCGUCGGCGCAGGAGGCCGGCAAGGCGGCUGUCGCUGACGCUACCGGCGCUGCUUCGUCGGCGGCUGCUGACGCCAGGGCGGCCGCCACGGGCGCGGCCGCUGCCGCUGGCUCUCAGCUGGCGUCGGCGCAGGAGGCCGGCAAGGCGGCUGUCGCUGACGCUACCGGCGCUGCUUCGUCGGCGGCUGCUGACGCCAGGGCGGCCGCCACGGGCGCGGCCGCGGCCGCUGGCUCGCAGCUGGCGUCGGCGCAGGAGGCCGGCAAGGCGGCUGUCGCUGACGCUACCGGCGCUGCUUCGUCGGCGGCUGCUGACACCAGGGCGGCCGCCACGGGCGCGGCCGCUGCCGCUGGCUCGCAGCUGGCGUCGGCGCAGGAGGCCGGCAAGGCGGCUGUCGCUGACGCUACCGGCGCUGCUUCGUCGGCGGCUGCUGACGCCAGGGCGGCCGCCACGGGCGCGGCCGCUGCCGCUGGCUCGCAGCUGGCGUCGGCGCAGGAGGCCGGCAAGGCGGCUGUCACUGACGCUACCGGCGCUGCUUCGUCGGCGGCUGCUGACGCCAGGGCGGCCGCCACGGGCGCGGCUGCUGCCGCUGGCUCUCAGCUGGCGUCGGCGCAGGAGGCCGGCAAGGCGGCUGUCGCUGACGCUACCGGCGCUGCUUCGUCGGCGGCUGCUGACGCCAGGGCGGCCGCCACGGGCGCGGCCGCUGCCGCUGGCUCUCAGCUGGCGUCGGCGCAGGAGGCCGGCAAGGCGGCUGUCGCUGACGCUACCGGCGCUGCUUCGUCGGCGGCUGCUGACGCCAGGGCGGCCGCCACGGGCGCGGCUGCUGCUGCUGGCUCGCAGCUGGCGUCGGCGCAGGAGGCCGGCAAGGCGGCUGUCACUGACGCUACUGGCGCUGCUUCGUCGGCGGCUGCUGACGCCAGGGCGGCCGCCACGGGCGCGGCCGCGGCCGCUGGCUCGCAGCUGGCGUCGGCGCAGGAGGCCGGCAAGGCGGCUGUCGCUGACGCUACCGGCGCUGCUUCGUCGGCGGCUGCUGACGCCAGGGCGGCCGCCACGGGCGCGGCCGCUGCCGCUGGCUCUCAGCUGGCGUCGGCGCAGGAGGCCGGCAAGGCGGCUGUCGCUGACGCUACCGGCGCUGCUUCGUCGGCGGCUGCUGACGCCAGGGCGGCCGCCACGGGCGCGGCCGCGGCCGCUGGCUCGCAGCUGGCGUCGGCGCAGGAGGCCGGCAAGGCGGCUGUCGCUGACGCUACCGGCGCUGCUUCGUCGGCGGCUGCUGACACCAGGGCGGCCGCCACGGGCGCGGCCGCUGCCGCUGGCUCGCAGCUGGCGUCGGCGCAGGAGGCCGGCAAGGCGGCUGUCGCUGACGCUACCGGCGCUGCUUCGUCGGCGGCUGCUGACGCCAGGGCGGCCGCCACGGGCGCGGCCGCUGCCGCUGGCUCGCAGCUGGCGUCGGCGCAGGAGGCCGGCAAGGCGGCUGUCACUGACGCUACCGGCGCUGCUUCGUCGGCGGCUGCUGACGCCAGGGCGGCCGCCACGGGCGCGGCUGCUGCCGCUGGCUCUCAGCUGGCGUCGGCGCAGGAGGCCGGCAAGGCGGCUGUCGCUGACGCUACCGGCGCUGCUUCGUCGGCGGCUGCUGACGCCAGGGCGGCCGCCACGGGUGCGGCUGCUGCCGCUGGCUCGCAGCUGGCGUCGGCGCAGGAGGCCGGCAAGGCGGCUGUCGCUGACGCUACCGGCGCUGCUUCGUCGGCGGCUGCUGACACCAGGGCGGCCGCCACGGGCGCGGCUGCUGCCGCUGGCUCGCAGCUGGCGUCGGCGCAGGAGGCCGGCAAGGCGGCUGUCGCUGACGCUACCGGCGCUGCCUCGUCGGCGGCUGCUGACGCCAGGGCGGCCGCCACGGGCGCGGCCGCUGCCGCUGGCUCUCAGCUGGCGUCGGCGCAGGAGGCCGGCAAGGCGGCUGUCACUGACGCUACCGGCGCUGUUUCGUCGGCGGCUGCUGACGCCAGGGCGGCCGCCACGGGCGCGGCCGCUGCCGCUGGCUCGCAGCUGGCGUCGGCGCAGGAGGCCGGCAAGGACGCAGCGGCCGGUACUGCUGGGGCUUGGUCGCGCGAUGCUGCCGAUGCCAAGGCUACGACCUCAGGCGCUGUGUCAGCAGCUGCCUCUAAAGCGUCUUCGCUGCAAGCCGCCCGGCAGGAGAUUACUGGUGAUGCCGCCAGGAGCCUGACAGGGGCUGCAACCGAUGCCAGCAAGGCGACAGCGGCAGCCACUGCAUCUGCAGGCAGCCAGGCACCAUCGGUAACCGACUCUGGCAACGCGGCGGUAGUGGGCGUUGCUGCGGCAGGGGCCGCUGCUGCAGCGGGGACCUUGUUCGCGACUGUCCUGCCCCGCUCGGCGUCCAACGACCGCAGCGCAGAUGCUGCCGCCGCAGCGUCGCGCGACCGCCCAGCUCUCCAGGCGGCAUGCGCCGAGGUGCUGACGGCGAAGGCGACCACGGCGGACGGUGUUCGAAAGGCCCGUGCCAUCGCGCAGGAGGCCGGGGACCAGGGCUCGGGCUCUCGCGGAGGCAGCGGUGGUGGCGACGCCACUGGCACCUCGGCUGCUUUGAAGACGGCAGCUGGCUCUGCCUCGGCGGCUGGUGAGAAGGCCGCUGCUGCUGCCAGCAGUGCAAGCUCCGACGCGUCGGCUCAGGGCGCAGCGGCGGUGGCGACGACGCGUGCAGGUGGCCAGCCGGCCGUAGCGGCCGACGGCAAGUCCGGCGCGGACGCCGCCUUCUCCGCAUCGGGCCAGAGUGGCUCGGCAGCGGCUGCCUCUGGAGCCGCCGGCCAGCGGGCGGCCCAGCCGGCCAGCUCCUGGCUCAAGGGCGGCAAGUCCUUCGCGGCCAUCGCCGCCGCGGCCGCCGUCGCCACGAGCAUGGACAUCGUCACCAAGGGCAAGGGCGCCAGCGGGGGCGGCAGCCGCAGCACCUCGCCGCCGGGAGCACCCUAUUCUCUUGCUGCUCCUGCUGCUGCUGCUCCUGCUGCUCCUUCCGCGAGCGCCGGCAGUGCCGCAGCCGCCCCCGCGGCGGCUGCCUUCGACGCGGUGGCGGCCUCAACGCUGGCGGCGGCGCCCGCGGCCACGCCCACGGCCGCCCUGGCGAGCCGCAAGGCUAGCAGCCGGGGCCCGUCUCCCCCGCAUCGGCCCCCGGUGGGCCCUUCGGCGGUCGGUGUGAAGGGGGCCACUGCUCGCGCUGCCUCGCCGUCGACCGAGGCGGAGGCAGAGCUGGCGGCGGUGGCGCGCGAGGUGGCGCCCGCGGCGGCUGCCGCGGCGGCGGCGUUGGCCGCUGGCGCGCAGGCUGCGCGCGAGGCGGCGGCGGAGAGCAACAGCGCCGCGGAGGUCACCGGUGCCGUUACGGCGCCUGCGGCCUACGGCUCUGCUUCCGGCUCGGCCGGUGGUGCCGCCGCGGCUGCCCAGGUCAGCGCCUGGGGCAAGAGUCGCAGCUUUGCAGACGUCGUGGCGGCUGCCGCGGCUGCCGCGGCCGCCGCUACCGGCGACCGGACCUCCAACAGCGGCGCGGGCUCUAAGGGCCGCGUCGUGGGGCUGCCCCGCACCAGCAGCAGCGGCGGCACCGCCGGCGCCGCUCUGACGGCACCCUCGGCGCCGCGCGGCUCCUCGCGCGGACACUCCCGCAGCGGCAGCGGAGGCGGCGCCGGUGCGCCUGCUGACGCCCCCUCGGCCGCCUCGGCGGCGGCGCCGGUGGCCUCGGCACUCUCCACCUCGGGCCCCAGCGCGGGCACGGUGGCCCAGGCGCUGGCGCUGGCCUCCGCCAUGGCCUCAGUGGACAGCAGCCUGCCGGUGGUCAUGACGCCGCUGCAGCCGCGCGCGUCGGCACAGGUCGCGCCGCAGCCAGCGGCGGCGGCGGCGGUGGCGCCUGUCAAGACGGCCAGCGGCAGCGCGACGCCGCCCACGGGCGCGGAAGCGGCGGCGUCCGCGACGGCGACCGCUGCUGCAGAGGCGGUACUGUCGGAGCUGGACGGUGGCAGUUCGUGGGCUUUCGGCGGCCGCGCUGCGGCGGCACCGGCGAAGGAGAGCUGGGCGGACGAGGUCGAGGAGGAGGAGGCGCAGGCCACGACAGUUGCGCCCGCGCCCCAGGCGGAUGCGGCGCCAGCUGCACCUGCCCCAUCGGCUGGCCCUCGGGGCUUCAGCUGGGCCUCCGUGGUGGGCCGCUUCACUGGCGGCGCGGCCGCGCUGGCGGCUCAGGUCACCGCGCCCGCCGCUCCGGCCCGCCAGUCGCUGGGCCAGGUGCGCAGCCGCAAUAGCCGCACCUCCGGCAGCGGCAACACAUUGGGCUGGGCUGCAGCUCCGGCCCCCGCCGCGGCUGUGGCGCCCGCGGUGGCGCCUGCCGCCUCGGAGGCGGUGGUGCCGGCUGUGGAGCCGGCGGCGCCCACGCCGGCGCCGCCAGUCGCUGAAAAGGCGCCCGAGGCGGCGGCCGCUCCCACCGCCGGGGGUGCGGCGUCUCCCGGUGAGGAGGAGGACGGCUGGACUGAGGCGGCCGGCAAGCGGCGCAAGGAGCGCAGCUACAGCAAGGGCACUGGCGGCCGCGGCCAGGGCGGCAACCGCAGCGGUGGCGAGAGCCGCAGCAAUGGCGGCGGCAACAGCGGCAACCAGCGCCAGGGCGGCAAGCGCCGCUGAUAGACGACGUGAUAUGGACGGAACGCCGUGAGCCACGUUUUGGCGGGGCCUUAGCCGGGGCUAUGUAGCGUAUGCUAGUGGCUGGCUUGCUGGUGUGCACGGUUCUUGUACAUGGAAGUGUUUUAAUGCUUUUGCGAGCCGCGGGAAGGGUGACUCCUAAAUUAUCGCACAUAAACCGGAAACGGAAACCUCAACAACCCGCAGUAAUAUGUGCGUGGUACGUGAAAGGCUGUGCACCACAGAUGGUGACUACGAUACCUAAAUCCCAUUUCCGGGUCUUUUUAAGGCACAGUGUGGCUUCACAUGCGCUGCACUGGUGGCGUCGUGACGGCGACGAGUAACAGUAAGGCUGACGCUGGAUAGGCCGGGUGGAGAUCACUGGUGGGGAGGUCAAGGUCGGGCGAUUGGCUGUUACGGCAAAUAGCCGGCAAGUAGAUGCUCUUGGAGUUACGGUAAUGCCACGGAGACUACCCCUGGCGUGGGAAGCAGGCGUGCCUCUUGAGUUAGGUCGCGCAGGUGUUUGCCAUACAGCAACUCGGGCUGUGUAGUGAGACUGAGGUGAGGUGCUGGCGACCUGCGGAUCCAGGGCUCCGGCCCUGCCAAUAGGUGGCGGAAGGGUGGCACCUAAAUAAUUCCAACACUACGUGGCGCUGCGCCGCUGGCUGUAAGGCACGCUCGCU